AUGGCUUCUAUCAACCAACAAAAUGGAGAUGUUCAGUUCUGCUUUCAUAACAUCAGUGGUUCUUGUGUGAUGACUCCAUGGUCUCCUGGAAUUCGAAUCAGUCUCUAUGGGGUCUUGGGCUUCAUCACAAUCCUUACAGUAGGUGGAAAUCUUCUGGUAAUUUUUUCAAUUAUGUAUUUCAAACAGCUUCACUCUCCUUCUAACUUCCUGGUUGUCUCCUUGGCCUGUGCUGACUGUUCUUUGGGAUUAAUUGUACUUCCUUUCAGCACAAUACGGUCUGUUGAAACAUGUUGGUACUUUGGGGACAGAUUCUGCAAGUUUCAUUCUGCUUUAGAUAUUUGUUUUUGUUUAGCUUCCAUGUUUAACUUGUGCUUUGUCUCUGUUGAUCGAUAUGUAGCCAUUACAGAUCCUUUGCUUUACCCAAUCAGAUUCACAGUAACUCUAUCAGGUGUGUUCAUAGCUCUUAGCUGGAUAUCUGCCUUCUUGUACAGUUUCUCAUUACUAUACACUGGUGCAAAUGAAGAAGGUCUGGAGGAAGUAGUGCAUGCUCUCCAUUGUGAAGGAAAUUGUCAAAUACUGUUUAACAAAACUUGGGUAAUUAUAUCUUCUCUCCUAUACUUUAUACCUUUCUUUAUCAUGAUAUGUUUGAAUAGCAAGAUUUUUGCUGUAGCUAAACAUCAAGCUAGAAAGAUUGAACAAAUGGGUAACAAAAUGUUUUCAGAAGGUGACAAGGUAUCAAAAAGAGAGAGAAAAGCAGCUGUGACUUUGGGAAUAGCAGUGAUGGCUUUUUUAGUAUUCUGGUCCCCUUAUUUUAUCACUGUAAUGAUUGAUUCUUUUUUCAAUUACAUAAUCCCACCUCUUGCUUUUGACAUUAUGAUUUGGUUUGCAUACUCAAACUCUGCCAUCAACCCUUUGAUAUAUGCUUUUUUUUACCCUUGGUUUCGGAAAGCCAUCAAAGUGGUCUUAAGUUGCAAAAUUCUAUGGAUAAAUUGCUCCUCUAUGAACUUAUUUUCAGAUUGA